ACAUAGUCAUUGGAAAAUAAGGAAACUUAGUAGUAAUUGACCUUCUGAAAUGAACAAGGGACAAUAACAUCGUCCUCUACGAACUCCUCUGUUUAGAUUCUUAGAAAAUAAAAGAGAGAGAAAGAGAGAGAUUGAAGAUGGAGUCACCAUUCAGAGGUGACAUAGCAAAGGGUAAGGUGGCUCUGAUAACAGGAGGAGGUUCAGGAAUUGGGUUGGAAAUAUCAACUCAACUGGGGAAACAUGGAGCUUCAAUCGCUAUCAUGGGACGAAGAAAACAAGUCAUUCACUCUGCUGUCUCUGCUCUCCGAUCACUUGGGAUUUCGGCUGUUGGUUUUCAAGGAGAUGUUCGUAAACAAGAAGACGCAAAAAGAAUUAUGGAUUCAACUUUUGAGCAAUUUGGUAGGAUUGACAUACUUGUGAACGCUGCAGCUGGAAACUUUCUUGUUUUAUCAGAGGAUUUGUCUCCUAAUGGAUUUCGAACAGUUAUGGAUAUUGAUGCAGUUGGUACAUUCACAAUGUGUCAUGAGGCACUAAAGUAUUUAAAGAAAGGAGGAUUAGGUAGGAGCCAAUGUGGUGGUGGAAUAAUAUUAAACAUUAGUGCUACUUUACACUACACAGCAGCUUGGUAUCAAAUUCAUGUUUCAGCAGCCAAGGCAGCUAUUGAUGCCCUUACAAGAAAUUUGGCAUUGGAGUGGGGGACUGAUUAUGAUAUGAAGGUGAAUGUGAUAGCACCUGGCCCUAUUGGUAAUACUCCUGGAAUUGAUAAAUUAGCACCAAAGAAAAUGGAAACCAAUACAAAUGACUACCUUGCCGUGACUAAAGUUGGGGAGAGUUGGGAUGUGGCUAUGGCUGCUCUUUAUCUUGUUUCAGAUGCAGGUAGACACAUAAAUGGAGCUAACAUGGUGGUUGAUGGAGGACAAUGGAUGAACCGCCUUCCGCAUUUACCGAAAGAGGGAGUAAAACAGCUUUCAAGAGCAGUGGAGAAGAGGACUAGAGCUGCAUCUUUACUCCCAAGGAGCAAAAUCUAAGCCAUUCAUCAUAGAGAAUAUAUCAUAAAAUAGAUGUACCUCAAAUACUAUGCAAAAGUACUUCUAAAUAAGCACAUAACUACUAAAGUGUUUAAAGAAAAGAUUUUGAUGCUUAAAUAAAUUUGGAUUGUAUUCCUCUCC